ACAAAAUUCCAUUCUUCUUUGAUGAAUCAAAGCAGCUAAAAAGGAGACUCGAAGUGAAGAAUAAGAGACGGGCGAGCUGGUUUGGGUAAAGAAAUGUCGCUGGAAAGAAGGAUUAGAGGCGAAAAUAUCGUCCCUUUGUUGGAAUGGACCGUGGAGGAUGUCUUGAGCUGGUUGAAGAGUUUGAGAUUGUCACAAGAUUAUUCUCCACUUUUUAGAGAAUAUCAUGUUGAUGGGCUGUUUCUAUCAAAAAUAACUCCAAAUUUCAUUGAUACUAAUCUCUCAAUCAUCACUACUUCUGAUCGUUCAACUCUAAUUCAAUCGAUAUCAAAUCUACGCAUCCACCAAUUAACAACCGCCUUGCCACGCCUACCAAUCAACGAGCACUCAAUACCAACCCCGCCCCUUUCCGGCAACGACACUACAGUAGCCACACCCACUGGCGGACCAAGAGGGGGAGGGGCCACUACUGGAGGUGGUCACAGCAAAUCUAAAAGUUUCAAUGAUUUAAUUAACGAUUAUCAGGCUCCUCCCAAUGCCCUGCCCACCACUAAUAGUAUUCAUAACUUCUCAUCUCAUCAUGUACUGAAGUCCCUAACACCAGUACCUCAUUCACAAGUGGUAUCGACCCACCUGCUGGAUAUAAUGAAGGAAGAGAAUGCUGACCUUAAGAAAGAACUGGACUAUUACUACAAGAGAGUCUGUAGGUUACAAAAGUUUGAGCAGGAGUUAGAAUCCUUACAAGAGGCCCACAGGUCAAUGGUGGCCAGUACUGCAAGGAAAGAGAAACUGGAAUUGGUAAUGAGACAAAAGUUAGAAGAGGAAUUGAAGCAAUACAGAGAAUCCAACGCACAAUACGAAGUUCAAAUAGCAACUGUUAAAAGAAAUGCCAGUCUAAAGAACACUAAACCAGUAAGUAACCUAAUCUCAUUCACAAUACUAACCAUCACAACACUUGUAUUAACAUGUAUAGUACCCAUUACAUUACUCCUCAUAUUAAUUAAUGUAAUUGUAUCAAAGUUACUGACAGGUGUCAUGGAUAAUGUCAUUUUAAUUAUCGAUAAUUAUUUUUUAUUAUUAUUGAAAUGUCUCUCAUUUUUCUUUUAUUAAGUAAACGCAUGUAAACAUGUUGCCGCAAUUUGAGACU